GUACCUGUUUUUCGAAGUGUGUGAUCUGAUGUUCGACAAAUUCGACAACUCUUAAUACAAUGCAAUGGAUCUUAGGAAUAAAAUAAAUUCUUGGAUUAUUCUUCUCCUCGGAACUUUUGUUUAUAAAGUGUUUCAAUAGAAUUCCUUGGAUUUUUGUCCAGCGAUGUUGUAUUUGACAACGUCUGUGGUGCUCAGCCUGUGGUCUUCAGGAUUAUGCUUUUCUGGCCAAAACACUCCACCAGUAUUUGACAUGAAAAGAGAAUGGCUAAUACCAGAAGAUGAACCAAUUGGUAGACGAGUGACCACAGUCCGCACUCGAGACGAUGAGAAUGAUCCAAUAGAAUACGGUAUGGAGCCUGCAGUCUUCUUGGACGGAUCCAGCUACUUUACCAUCGACAAGAACACUGGAGAAGUUUUUGUAGCAAGCUCACUUUCAGGACAGGCUGGAAGUGAUUAUUAUUUAUUUAUCACGGCUAACGAUGGUCAUCAGACGGCGAAAAUUGAAGUCCUUGUCCGAGUCCUGAAGCCAAAUAACAGUUCAUCCCAGUCCAUUGUAGAUAAUCCUCUUCGUUCUCACGGCCCUCCGAAUCGAGGAAGUCUAAUACCUCAUCCUCCAUUCCAUACCCUGUCCAGGCCGCCACCAGGACUCUUCCCAGACAGACCACCCCCAUCGUCCGACCGACCAAGACCCAAUGCUCCACUCAUGUUCCCUACAUCGCAUAUCUACCCAUGGACGGAUAAAAAUUCGGUUGAAGUCACACCUUCACCUCCGGCAUCGUCGACGGAAAUCUCUGGCUCCGAAAAAUCGGAUGCCGGGAAACCGGACGUCGACGGAAAAGGGGAGACGGACAAGUUUGACGUGUCGACUCUUCUUCCCUUGCUGCUGACCGUCGCGUUUGCGCCAGUGGUCGUGGCCUUGUUGUGGAUUCUUAGAGUAAGAUGUAGAAAUCAGGAGAAACUAAAAGCAGAAAAAAAACUUACGGACCGCAGGCAGAGUGAGCUGUCGGAUGACAUGGAAGCCAAUCCUCACAUAAGCAUCUUGUACCUUCAGAGACCUCGAAUGGCCAACUCGAAUAGAUACGAAUCUGGUGAAUCCACUGGAGUGAUUCCAGAAAAUCGCAAAUGGGAAUUUCCCCGGCACCAUCUCCGAUUUCUAGGACUGUUAGGUGAGGGAUGCUUCGGUCAAGUGUGGAAAUGUGAAGCUCUCAACAUAUACAAUUCCGAUGGCGCUGCCCUCGUUGCUGUAAAAACGCUCAAAGAUAACGCCACCGAGAAGGAAAAGAAAGACUUGGUGAAUGAACUGGAAGUGAUGAAGCUGCUGGACCCGCAUCCCAACGUAGUCACGCUCCUGGGUUGCUGCACCGACAGAGAUCCAUUGUUCUUGAUCAUGGAAUACGUGCACAAUGGAAAACUACAGACAUACCUGCGAGAAAGCCGAGCAGAACGUUUCUAUGGAAACUUACACGGAAGCAGUAGGAAUCUGACGUCCAGGGAUCUCACUUCCUUCGCCUAUCAAGUUGCCAAAGGGAUGGAAUAUCUCUCCUCCAAAGGGAUAAUCCAUAGAGAUUUAGCGGCGAGAAAUGUUUUAGUCGCAGAUACCAAAACUUGCAAAGUAGCGGACUUUGGGUUCGCGAGAGAUGUUAUCAUCAACCACGUAUACGAAAGAAAGUCUGAGGGACGUCUUCCAAUAAGAUGGAUGGCACCAGAAUCCCUGUAUGAUAAUAUUUACACAACGAAAACAGACGUCUGGUCUUUUGGUGUUGUUAUGUGGGAAAUAGUGACGUUGGGUUCGACUCCUUAUCCAGGAAUGGCUGCGUCUGAAGUCAUGCGCAAAGUGAAAGAGGGCUUCAGGUUAGAGAAGCCGGAGCAUUGCAAGCGUGAGGUUUACAACAUCAUGUUCUAUUGCUGGGACAAGGACUCGAACAAACGACCGUCUUUCUCUGAACUUGUGCUGCUCUUGGACAAGCUGUUGAUCAGCGAGAAUGACUAUAUAGAGCUAGACAGAUUUCCAGACCACUCAUACUACAAUAUCACCAGUUUAUCAGGCGAAAAACUCUGAUAAGACAGUCUUAAUCUGUUCUAUAAAAGUCAUUGCCAGAUGUAGAGUAGGAUUGUUCCACCAGGAAAUUUCAUUUUGAGAGACAACCGUGUUUUCCGUAAUUUCGAAGAUGCUUUUAAUUUUUAUGUUGUCUUUGUCUCACUGUCUAUAGAAAAUGCCUGUGGAUUUUAUCAAGAUUAUUUAUGAAGUUUUUAUGAGAUUAUUUUAACAGACUUGCUAUUGCUUACAAGUAUAAAACAGGGGUUCUCAACCUUUUAGACUCUGCACCUCCAUUCAGACAUUGAUCUGAAGGCACGGCCCCUCCCUCCCUUACCACCGCCAUUUGUUGUAAAUACCCUACAGUCAAGAUUUGAAUCUGAAGCUAGUUAAAAUCGCUUAAACUGUUUAUAAAAUUUCAUGUAGAUAAUAUCGAACACAAAAUUAAACAUUACAAUACAUAACUUUAUUACAUAAUGCUAGACUAUAGAAAAUUAAGGAAUCAAAGAACUAAAUACAAGUUAAUUUGAUAUAAACGAAGAGCUAGGCGAGGUUUGCGUGUAAUGCCAGUCAUCUUCACAACACCCAUCCUAUUGCUACCACGUUUGGUUCUUGACAGGUUUUUUGAUUACAGUCCGAUCCGGCUCGGGGUAAGGUGACCUCUGCCACCGCCUAGUGCGGUAGAUUUGAGGGGCGGAAAAUUUCAUGUAGUCAAAAUAAAAAUUGAAGACAAUAUUUUUUGGUUCAGUAAGAGGCAGUGAUGUUUGAAGCAAGAGUCAAGAUGAGGGGAUGGGACCUGUGGACAUCGCCUGGGCUGGCAGAACUACUACCACCGGUCUUGAUUACAGUACAACCUCGUUUAUCCGGACUAACUGAAACCCGAAGGCAACCCGGAUAAACAAAAAUUCCGGGUAAUGUGGGUAAUAACCCUGUGCGGCA